UCGCUCGGAGCCCCAGACUGCCGGAGCGUCGACGAGCAUGCCAACCCGGGAGCGAUUCACGCUCAAAAACGGCAAAACGAGACAAGGGACGCGGUGGAAGACGGAUGGAAAAGUCGGAGGGGGGAUUAUUUUUAACUUUUUAAAUCACUUGUCCGGGUUUUAAACGGCCACGGGGAAAGUUUGGAGGAGCCAGCGUGCGGGAAUUAGACGGCCCCAUGACGGCGGAGGGCGUGAGACACUCGGCCGUGCUGUCCGCGCUGUUCGGGACGGCCGACGACUACGAGCUGCUGGGAACCGCAGAGUUUAUCAAAGAGCGUCUGUACUUCGCCACGUUACGCAGCAAACCCAAAAGCACCGUCAACACUCACUACUUCUGCACAGACGACGAGUUCGUCUACGAAAACUUCUACGCCGACUUCGGGCCUCUGAACUUGGCCAUGCUGUACCGAUACUGCUGCAAGCUCAACAAGAAGCUGAAGUCGUUCACCCUGACCAGGAAGCGAAUCGUCCACUACACCAGCUUCGACCAGAGGAAGAGGUCCAACGCUGCUGUGCUGAUCGGAGGCUACGCGGUAAUUUACCUGAAGAAAACGCCGGAGGAAGCUUACAGAGCCCUGAUCUCUGGUUCCAACGCCUCCUACCUGCCCUUCAGGGACGCCUCCUUCGGGAACUGCACCUACAACCUGACGGUGCUGGACUGUCUGCAGGGCAUCAGGAAGGCUCUGCAGCACGGCUUCUUCGACUUCGAGUCGUUUGACGUGGACGAAUACGAACACUACGAGCGCGUGGAGAACGGGGACCUGAACUGGAUCGUUCCAGCAAAGUUCCUGGCCUUCAGCGGACCUCAUCCUAAAACCAAGAUAGAGAACGGUUACCCCCUCCACGCCCCCGAGGCGUACUUCCCCUACUUCAGGAAGCACGAUGUCUCCACCGUCAUCCGUCUGAACAAAAAGAUCUACGACGCCAAUCGUUUCACCGACGCCGGCUUCGACCACUACGACCUCUUCUUCGUGGACGGCAGCACGCCCAACGACAUCAUCAUACGCCGCUUCCUGCACAUCUGUGAGAGCACCGACGGCGCCGUCGCCGUCCACUGCAAAGCCGGCCUGGGAAGAACGGGGAGUCUGAUUGGCUGCUACCUGAUGAAGCACUACCGCUUCACGGCGGCCGAGGCGAUCUCCUGGAUCCGGAUCUGCAGGCCGGGCUCCGUGAUCGGCCCCCAGCAGAACUUCCUGGAGGAGAAGCAGGCGGCGCUGUGGCUGCAGGGCGACGGCCAGCACGCCCAGAAGACCCAGAUGGAGGAGAAGGCGGUGCCUCACCUCAUCACCAACAUGAAGGGACUGUCCUUAAACUCCGCCCACAACAUGUCCAAGUCCCCGAGCUCCGACCAUCUGCAAGAGGGCGAGUUAACGGACAGCGGGCCGGGCCUGACGCAGGGGGACAAGCUGAGAGCCCUGAAGAUCAGACGCUCCGCACGGCCGCCCCCCACCCCCGCCGGAGCCCUGAGGACGUCGUUGGGCGUCGUCCAGGGAAUCCCGUCCCCCCUCAAGUCCUCCAAGUUCCCAGCAUCCUCUGCGUCCGCCGCGGCCAAGAGGAUCGGACGCCACUCCUCGCCGGCGUCGCACAUCCGGAGCUCAGCUCUCGGCUCUCGGCUGGCCUGCUCUCUCAGCGACCUGUACGCCGGCGACCUGCAGGAUGACGGGAGGACUCCGUACUCCCCCCUCCCUCCCUCUGUUAGCCCCGCCCCCUCCCCCGUGGCCCCGCCCCCCUCCUGCUGCUAUGGUAACGGGCCUCGCAGUGUGCAGCAUGAGGUGAACAACAACAGCGGUGUGUACGGUGGGAAAGGCUUUGCUCGGGCGGCGCUGCAGGACCACGGCGCCCACGGCGGCGGUCGCCACGGCAACCGUGGCGAUCGCGGGCCCUCAGGACGCUACCUGAGCCGCUCCAUACCUUCUCUUCAGUCUGAGUACGUCCAGUACUAAAGCCGCCGGUCUGACCUGAUCCCCCCCCAACCCAACCCAACCCCCACCAGGACUACCGGCGGAUGCUGAAAGGGAAACGGGAGUUUGACUCCGUCAGGACUGAAUCUGUUGUUACUGAAUGUAAAUACAAUGUAAUCUCCACGCGUGUGGCCCAGCAGAGGUUUUAUAUUUCUUAUUUGUGACAGAAGAGGAAAUAUUUUUGUUUUAAUUAUAUUGAGAAUCGUAUUUUUUCUUUUGAUAAACUGAAGCAUCACUCGCUCCGUCGCCGUAGUUGCAGUAUUCUCGUCGCAUCUCGCAGAUUAUUUUCUCGUGGCGUCUCAUCAGUGUUUUCGGCUCUUAACAAGCAGCAAUAAUGACCACAGAAGAAGAAGAAGAAGAAGGGACCCGUACGAGCAGAGUGUCAGCAGCUAAACUCAGGGGAUGAACGUCGGCACCCGCUCCGCCUUAACAAGCUUUCAGGGUUAGUUUUCCUUAAAUCAAGGUCUUAGAUAGCCUGGAUAGAAACCAGACCGGAUACGAAGACGAAGUCCAGCUGCCGAGGCUGCUGGGAGACGAUCCAGGCCCCGCCUCCUGCUGCGGUUUGACUCCGCCUCCUCCUGCGGUUUGACUCCGCCCACUUCCGUCUCCACAGACCCGCCAGCAGGAAGAUGGCGGCGGCCGCGGCGUCGUCCGUCUUUGUAUCCAGACUUUUGUUGCACAACGAGUGAAACCAAGUUGUUUGAUCAAUAAUCCAAUAAACCAGCAAUAAUGUUGA